AUGUCACAUUCGCUGGACCUGUCGGAAGACGAGUCCCAGUUCCAACACAACUUCAACGUGCCGGCCGUCAACUUGGCCAGUUUACGCAAGAACAACAAGAAGAACACUGCGAAGACCAACUUGGCCAAAGCUAAGAAGAAGUUCACCGGCAACAAGAACACGAGGUCCCCAGGCGACGAUACCCCUUACAACAGAAACACCAUCGUCUCGACUUCCUCACAAAUAGACCUGUCUUCUUCCGACCUGGACUCGGUAUCGAUGUCCUCGUUGGCGAGGGCCAGAAACGACGAGGACGCGCUGAACCUCCCGAACUUUGCCUUCAACAUGCCGCAGCAUGAUAGUGACGAUGACGACGACGAGGAGGAUGAUCACCACGCUACAAUGCCUGUGGAAAUCGAAGACUCCUCUGACGACGACGACGAUCAGCAGCCCCAGGAGAUGCUGCGAGAGACCGCACGCUCACAGGGGCCUCCUCCUACUCUGCGUGGCAGAAGCUCCAUUGGCUCCCGCCAGUCCCGUGGAUCCCAUGGGUCCCGCAGAUCCCGUGGAUCAAGACACUCAGAUGAAAUAGACAUUGCUGACGUUGGCAAGACUUCCACGCACAGCUCGCAUACCUCGGGCCGCAAGAGCUCCAUCAAGAACAUCUUUAGAAGACAAUCGUUGCUAGAUGGUGACGACGGGCCCUCGCGGUCCGACACGUUCAUUGGCAAAGUUCUCAAUAUGGGUGGAGGCGGUUUGAGCGGGGGCGGACUUGUUCCAGGGGCCAGUAAGAGCGGUGACUACGAAGGACGCGAUCCAGAGCAGGCCGUGGGCGGCGAGUCCGAGGACCACGCUAUCGAGAUGAAGAAUUUGAACUACAGCGAACUCAAUGAGGCCGCUCAGGAGCUAAUCGAGGCCCACGCUCCCGAACUCAAAAAGGCCGAGCGCAUGAAUAAAGUAGCCUUUGAUAUGCCAGACGAAAAGUACGAAAUGGAUUAUGAGGCGCAGGAGGGUUCAUCUAUGGAGCACGAAGACCGCCAUCUCAAGCGUCAUCUGGCAACCCCAGAGGCCUCGGAGAACCCAUUCUACCAACCCAACCCUGACUUGCUUCGAGACGAUCUCGACGAAGAUCUCAAGGACGACGAUAUGCUUCUUGCAGAGGGCUCAGAUGACUACAUUGCUCCUCCGAAGCAAGUGCAUGCGGGUGUGCUCUCAUCGUUGUUGAAAUUGUACCAAAACCCAGGAGCUUCCAAGUCCGCAUCAUCAUUCCAAUCAUCUGGCAUGCUAGCCGAUGAGCAGUUCAACGAUAGUGGUUACACAUCGAAGAACGUUAGUCAAAGCGAUUUUACACAACUCAAAAACAAUAUCAAGAUGGGACCAAAGAAGUUGGCCAACAAAUUUAAAAAUAAGAAGUCUGAGGAAAAAGAAACAACGCCGGAUUCAGACGAACAGGACCUCGAUGAGACUGCCGCAAAGCUUCCGUCAUUCCAAAAUGCUCGUCCUAAGGCCCCAAAGACAAAUAGCUCUAACCGCUUAGGGAAAAAACUCAAAAAAAACAAGGACCAGAAGCUCCGCAUUACCGUUCACAUUGCUGAUAUUCUUCAAAGACAACGUUUCAUCAUCAGAAUAUGCCGUGCACUUAUGUUGUAUGGAGCACCCACUCAUAGAUUGGAGGAGUAUAUGGUGAUGACAAGUCGUGUGCUUGAGAUCGAUGGCCAGUUUGUAUAUUUUCCUGGUACCAUGCUUAUUGCAUUCGGUGACGCAGCCACGAGAACAUCUGAAGUUCACUUGGUCAGAUGUGCACAGGGUCUUAAUUUGUCAAAACUUUCUGACACACACAGGAUUUAUAAGGACGUCAUUCAUGACUUGAUCAGUGUAGACGAGGCUACAAGGAAGCUUGAGGAUUUGUUACGCAGAAGAAAUGAGUAUGCACCAUGGAUGUGCGUUUUCCUCUAUGCCCUUGGUUCAUGUGCGGUUUGUACUUUUGGUUUUGGUGGUGGCUGGCUAGACGUACCCAUUGCCUUUGGUAUAGGCUCAAUCGUCGGCUAUUUGCAGUUUUUUGUGUCAUCUAAGUCUCAUUUGUACUCAUCGGUGUUUGAGGUGACCUCAUCGAUUGUGGUGUCAUUUGCAGCACGAGGCAUCGGUUCAAUCAAUAGAGGAAAAACAUUUUGCUUUGGAGCUAUUGCACAAGGCUCAUUAGCGUUAAUUUUACCUGGUUAUAUCAUUCUAUGUGGUUCUUUGGAAUUGCAAUCAAAAAACAUUGUUGCAGGCUCAGUCAGAAUGUUUUACGCGAUUAUUUAUUCGUUAUUUUUGGGAUUUGGCAUCACUCUCGGAGCUGCCUUAUAUGGUUGGGUUGACAAGAAUGCCACAGAUCAGGCGCAAUGUACAACAGAUCACGAAGUUAAUCACAAAUGGAGAAUUUUGUUCGUUCCAUUAUUCACCACAUGCUUGGGUUUGAUCAAUCAAGCUCGCUUUAGGCAAUUGCCAAUCAUGCUCUUCAUCUCGUGCACCGCAUACGUGGGUACUUACUUUGCAGGUAAGCACUUCCUGAAUGUUACUGAAUUUACCGCAGCAAUUGGUUCUUUUAUCAUUGGUAUCUUGGGUAACAUGUAUUCGCGUAUUGGACGGGGAAUGGCAGUCAGUGCCAUGCUUCCAGCUAUUUUUGUGCAAGUGCCUUCGGGUAUCGCCUCUAAAAGUACAUUAUUAGCCGGCGUUGAUACUGCCAACAGGAUCACAAACUCAAGUAGGGCAUCUGCUGGUGAUUCUGACUCAAGCUCAUUGAGUUUUGGUGCCACCAUGGUGGAAGUGUCGAUAGGAAUUUCCGUUGGAUUGUUUGCAGCCGCCUUGAUCGUUUAUCCAUUCGGCAAGAGGCGAACUUCGCUCUUUACAUUAUAG